UAACUUGUUGUCCUUAUUAAAUCAAAUAAAAUUUAUUUUGUUCUUCUGAAAUUGUAAUGGCCACUCCUCCAACUCCAAGCCCCCCAAGCACGAGGAUAGCUUGCUAACACAGUCUACCAACGGAGGAGCCUUCGAAUCUCUUCUCUUCCUUCCAAUCCAAUCCAAUCCAAUUUUCUUCUGUUUUCCUUUUCUUUUUUCUUCACAACCAAACACAAAAUUCCAAUUCCAUAAUCAAUCCAACAAGUUCCCCUCUUUCAUCUCUCUGCCUCACUAAUUCCCCUAUUUUCUAUCUACCCGAUUCGCUGCAGCUAAGAAAGAUCAAAUCUUUCUUUCUUUUAUGUAAAUAUUAACGUUAUCUAUAACAUAUAUUACUAUUGGAAAUCUAUCAGAUUGUGGCAGUUUUUGGAUGAAAAUCGCCAUUGAUGCACCUGUAGCUUUAACAUAUGGUCAUAUGUUUUAGUUGAAAGGCUAGAAAAUUAGGGUUUAGUAAUUGAGCUGAUCGAACAUGCUUCCAUGGGGUGGAUUAAGUUGCUGUUUGAGUGCAGCUGCCCUAUACCUUCUCGGCAGGAGCAGUGGCAGGGAUGCGGAGCUUCUGAAAUCGGUCACUCGGGUCAAUCAGUUGAAAGAAUUAGCACAAUUGUUAGAUGCUGAGUGUGUAUUACCUUUGGUUGUUGCGAUUUCCGGGAGAGUCAGUGCUGAAAGCCCUAUCAACUGCGAGUUCAGUGGUUUACGUGGAGUUAUUGUGGAGGAAACAGCAGAACAACAUUUUUUGAAACACAAUGAUGCCGGUUCAUGGAUACAGGAUUCUGCUCUAAUGUUAUCCAUGAGUAAAGAGGUUCCAUGGUAUCUGGAUGAUGGGACUGCUCGUGCUUAUGUGUUGGGAGCUCGAGCUGCCACAGGUUUUGUGUUGCCAGUAGCGAGUGAGGUGUUUGAAGAAUCAGGGAGAUCCCUUGUACGUGGGACAUUAGAUUAUCUCCAAGGCCUCAAGAUGCUUGGAGUUAAACGUAUUGAGCGGGUACUUCCAACUGGUACUUCUUUGACUGUUGUUGGUGAGGCUGCCAAAGAUGAUAUUGGAACUGUCCGAAUUCAGAAACCCCACAAAGGACCGUUUUACGUAUCACCUAAAACCCUUGACCAACUCAUCGUAAACUUAGGAAAAUGGGCAAGGUGGUACAAGUAUGCAUCUGUGGGUUUGACGGCCUUUGGUGCUUAUCUAAUUGCUAAACAUGCCGUCCAAUACAUUAUGGAAAGAAAACGACGUUGGGAACUACAGAGAAGGGUUCUUGCUGCGGCUGCUGCUAAAAGAUCUGCGAAUGACGAUGAAGGUUCAGAAGACAAGGCUGAAAGUGGAUCGGAUGGUUCUAAAAAAGAUCUUCUAAUGCCAGAUUUAUGUGUGAUAUGCCUUGAGCAGGACUAUAAUGCUGUUUUUGUCCCGUGCGGUCAUAUGUGCUGUUGCACAACCUGCUCCUCACAAUUGACAAAUUGCCCUCUUUGCCGACGCAGAAUUGAUCAAGUUGUGAAAACCUUCCGCCAUUGAGGUUCUGCUUUUCACUAUUUGUACCCUUGUAGAGAGAGAACAUCUAUUUUUAGUUUACCACUUUCAAAAUCAGAGUAUGGUUGUAUGUUUAAUGGUUUCGACCACCAUUUUCGUUUGCCUUUAAGCUAUCAAAAAGUAACUUAUUACAAUUCUUUCUGGAGAUAUUGAUUUGAUGACUUCUGGGUUGAGAAAGCCUAUCAUCUUCAGGACCUUUAAUUGUAGAUUGUUUGUAAAUAUUUAAUAGUUUUAAUCCUUAUCCUUGUAAAUUAGCGUGGCUUAUUAAAUUAGUUUUUUUUCCUCCAAA